AGCAGCUCUGCCCUGGGAGGUGCUGGUGGCACAGGUGGGGCCUGGUCGCUCCUCCCUUCCUGUGCUAGCGCUCAAUCUGGACCCAGAGGCCGGAAGACCUUGGAACACCUCGUCUUCUACCAGGCCCUCCCCAUGGGUUUAGAGACAGCCUGUUACCCCCUGGGAGACAGACCCUGCGAGAUGCAAACCUUCAGAAUCUGGGAUUUCACCCAGAAGACCUUCUACCUGAGAAAUAACCAGCUAGUUGCUGGAUACUUGCAAGGAGCAAAUACUAAAUUGGAAGAGAAGAUAGAUGUGGUGCCCAUUGAGCCCCAUGCUAUGUUCCUGGGGGUCCACGGAGGGAAGCUGUGCCUGGCCUGUGUCAAGUCUGGUAAUGAGGUCAAGCUCGGCUUGGAGCCGGUGAACAUCACUGACCUCAGCACGAGCAAGGAGGAGGACAAGCGCUUCGCGUUCAUCCGCUCUGACAGCGGGCCCACCACCAGCUUCGAGUCGGCCGCCUGCCCCGGCUGGUUCCUCUGUACCGCGCUGGAGACCGACCAGCCCGUGGGCCUCACCAAUAAGCCUCAAGAUGCUGUCCAGGUCACCAAGUUCUACUUCCAGCAGGACCAGUAGGGGUGGUGCCUCUCCCUCCCUCCC